GUCGAAACUUGGUCUGCACUGCGAUGGCAGGCUUGGGACUGCAAGUCUCUGGAAUCUCUCGUAACAUUCGACAGUUCUCAAUUUGUGGCAUUGAGGAACCUGUGGCAUACUCAUCUUCAUGCUUUUGGCAGGGUAUAGCACCGGGCAGUACACUGACAGGUUCGGCCUCGACGACGCUCGUGGUAUCAUCUUUUCACCUCUACAGCUUUCUAUAUGACAAUCCAGGAGCUUCAAAUGCGCUUGUUGUAAACACCAUCUGGGCUCGGCUCGGCGGCAUCGUGCAUGUUGGUUAGCAGGUUGCCACGAGGUAUCAUAAGCACAUUUCCCAGGAUACAAAUAAGCGCCCAAUGCCACGGCCACAGCCUUUCACUCUUGGAAUCUAACCACUACCAUCGAAGCCUCCCAGCCCGUCUUCCUCACUUGAACCAGAACCACCACCAUGUCUACCCUCUACCACCCUGCCGACUACGUGCCCGCCAUCACCAACGGCGCUGGCGAACCUGCCAUCGUCUGGGUUAGCAAGGUCGUGCCCGACGAGGGCAAGGUCUACGUUACCCAGAACCCCAACCGCCACGCACUACCGACACACGCAUACACGUACCACGGCGUUACCCUCCUCGAGCUACUUGACAUCGAGGAGCCGACCGACGCUGCGAGGCUGAAGUCGGCCCACCUGCAGCUUCUCACCGAGCGGGUGAAGACCCAGCUCGCUCGUAAAGCCUUAUUCGAGCAUCAAGCGCAGGUGUUCGAGGCUAUCCUCGCGCAUAGCUGCACGAACGCGAAGUUCGUCGAAGCUCACAGCGCACACAAGUACGGUGGCGACACGGAGUUUGCCACCUUCAUGAACCUCUCUGAUCCUCGCAAGUGGGGCGUGGACGAGAUGACUGAAAUCACGGACGAUGUUCAGUACGAGAUCGUCUUUCCAGAGGAACUGGAGGCGCUAUUCGAGAAGGCCGCCGCUGCCGACGAUGCUGAAGCUACCGAAUCACCUGCGUCCACUGAAGAUUCCGACGUCGAGUCGGAGCCCAGCUCUCCAGCUUCCUCCGAAGACGCUGCUGAACCAUCCGCGCCCGCCGAAAUCCCCAUCACCGAGGAGCCUAGUUCCCCCACUCCCUCCGCUGACGAGGUCGCUCUCGACCUUACUUCGCUUGACGACGAUGCCUCGGACUCCGAGGAGGCUCACAUAGUCCUCCCCAUCACACCUCCUGCACCCUCCACCGCCCUCGUCCCCUACGCCCGCGGCACCAAACGCGCCGCGCCCGACGACGAUCUCGACCUCGACCUCGGCGACGGCUGCCCCCGCCUCGCCUUCGACCACAUGAAUCCCCACAAGCGCCGCUGCACGUCGCCCGACUCCGCCAACGCCUCCUGCGGCAGCGACGACGAGCUGGGCGCGAGCUACGACGCGGAGGGCGAGUACGAAUGGGUGCACAAGUGGUCGAGCGAGAGCUUCUCGCGCCCGGUGUGCAUGCGCGUGCGCAAGGGCGCUUGUCAUACUUUCCUCUUCGAGGAGAUUCACGAUGGCGAGGGGUGUGGGGAGUUGCCGCUGUUUUCGAGGCCUCGGGCGGCGCGGGCGGGCUUUCCGGUAGCCAGCACUUCCGCGAACGUCGGGAACAGAGGCGUGAGGCGCAUGGCUUCGGAGGACGACAACAUUGGCCCCGCGCCGAAGCGCCUCGCGAUCGAUGCGACCGACGGCAACUCCCACACGGAUGAAGUUGUCGACGAGAACGCCUCACGAGAGGCGCGCCCUCGUCUGGUCCCCGUCACCGGCCCCUGCGCGCGCCCGAACAUUUUGUCAGCCCCUCGCCGCCUUCGCUCUGCUACCAACAUGCUUUAUCAGGCUCGCUCGCCUCCCCGCCCCUCAACCUCGUCUGCUGUAAAUACCAUCAUCCCUACCUCUACCUCUGCUCCCUCCACCUCCACCGCCUCCACCAUCACCCCAACCAUCGAGGAACCGUCCUCCUCUGACGACGAAGCAUCUUCCGCCGACGACGAGCCCCCCUCCGCCCUCCCCCACACCCCGCCUAACUUCGUACCCAAGGACGCCGUCGCCGAGUACCUUGGCACUAAUGCCUGGCUCCCCUCCUCCAUCCGCCGCCUCGUCACCCCGCCCCACGCGCCCGGACACGUCAACCUCGGGCUCGACGACCCCAAGUCGGGCCGCUGCAGCAUCUGCGGGAAGACCGUCACGCGCGGCCCCAGUAGCCUCGUUCGCCACGUCCUCAGGCACAUAACGUAUGAGGACUCAGAGUCGUGGGCCGCGGAUGGACGGAUACACAUCUGGCGCUGCCCUUGUGGGUGGGAGACGCUAACACAGCAGGGGUUGGAAAGGCACCAUCGGACCCGGGGUCAUUCUGGAGGGCGCCAGGCCUUGUUUGCUACUGAUAGGGUGUGGGUUGAUAGAAAGCCCAAGCCAGUGGGCUUCGCGGGCCAAGACUUGAUCUGGCGCCCGGUUAUCGAAUAGACGGUUUCCUCGUUUUUCGUCAUACUAUACGGUAUACCCUUAGACUAAGAUUGUCGCUUCCGGCUUCCAUAUCUUCUUUCACUCUACUCAUUCUCAAUCCACCCUCGGCCGCCACUGUUACUCAACUUUAGUAGAUAGACUCUUUGGUAGAUAGCCUUUUCUUCUCUUCCAGACUCCCUUGUCUGCCCUUUUGAUUGUACACCUGCACUCUUCUUUUCGCCUUCUUUCUUCUUCGCUGGCCUAUUAGCUUGGCUUCAUCUUCGCACAUCCUUGUUUCGUUGUGCGCCGUGACAACCCUUGACUACUCUCAGUAUACCCUCAAUACAAGAGCAAUGUGGCUGGCUAUUUUCACUAUUGUGCC